CCCUAAACUAAACUAAAGCAGCCGUCCUCCUCUUGUCUAUCUCCCUGUUGGCUCCGCGAUCUUGUAAACCUAAAAACCAAACAGCCGAGCCGAGAGAUCUUCUUUCUUUCAUUCUACGAUUCAGCAGGUCAGCCAGCAAGCAGUACCCGACAUGGCUCUGCUGCAACAGUAAAAAAAAUAAAAUGUCUACAAUCAACAUCAUGAGCAAAUCACGAGUGUCAAAAGCCAUUCUCAACCGGCUGAAGAAACCUGCUCAUUCUUUUUCCCGAACAUUUUCUACAUCACAACGGUGGCAGCAGUAUGUUCUUGCUAACCAAACACCAGUUUUUACUACCAAUCAUAACGGGAACGGAAAUAGGCUAUUCUCAUCCAUGCCCUCCUAUGCCGGUGAUAGAGUUGUACGUGAGCUUUUAGCUGAAGUCGAGCGCGAAAAGCAGAGGGAGAGAGAGCAGAGAAAAAAGGCCGGUUUGGGUACGGCUGAUAUAGAUGCUGAGGACGACGAGGAUUACAUGGGUGUGGCCCGACUCAUUGAGAAACUGGAGAAAGAGAAUCAAAAGCAAGUUGACCCCCGUAUACUUAACAUGAGGGAAGAACCCACUGAUUCCGAAAGUGAAGAAGACGACCAUAGGUUCACUCAUGAAGCAAUUCAACAAAGACAAGAAAUCUUACAGAAGAAAUUCAGACGUCAUGAAGAGCUUCUUGAUAACUUCACUAAAUCCGAUGACAUUGAUGAUGCUUUCAAGUGGAUGAACAAAAUCGACAGAUUUGAGGAGAAACAUUUAGCCCUGCGGCCGGAGUAUCGCGUGAUCGGUGAUUUGAUGAAUCGGCUGAAAGAAGCCACCGGAAAGGACAAAUUUCUUCUUCAACAAAAGCUUAAUAGGGCGAUCAGAUUAGUUAAAUGGAAGGAAGCGUAUGAUCCGAAUAAUCCUGCUAACUACGGAGUCAUUCAAAACAUGCAAUCGCAACAUGAUCCUGCUGAAGAUGCCGAUGCUGAAAGGAAAAAACUGUUGAUAAAAGGCGUGUCAAAUGAUGAAGAAGAAGAAGAAGAGUUUGAUGAGGCUAAAAAGACUGAUGAUUUAGUGUUGGAAAAGUUAAAUUUUAUUGAUAAGAUGCUUGAAGAGAAAUUAGCACAGUUGGAUCACACUUUUGGAAGAAAAGGUAAGGUUUUGGAGGAAGAGAUUAGAGAUCUUGCUGAAGAGAGAAAUUCGUUGACCGAGAGGAUUAGAAGACCGCAAUUUAGAAAAGGUUUUGAUGUGAAACUUAUCGAUGUCAAUCGAACAUGUAAAGUUACAAAGGGAGGGCAGUUGGUUAAAUAUACAGUAAUGGUUGCUUGUGGUAAUUAUCACGGUGUCAUUGGUUUCGCCAAGGCAAAAGGCCCAGCAGUCCCCACUGCGUGUCAGAAGGCUCAUGAGAAAUGCUUUCAAAAUCUGCAUUAUGUCGAACGACAUGAAGAUCAUACAAUUGCACAUGCGAUUCAGACUUCUUAUAAGAAAACCAAGGUGUAUCUUUGGCCCGGCCCGACUCAGGGUGGCAUGAAGGCUGGCAGAACUGUCCAAACUAUCUUAAAUCUAGCUGGUUUUAAGAAUGUGAAGUCUAAGGUUGUUGGGUCCCGAAAUCCUCAUAACACAGUGAAAGCUCUUUUCAAGGGUCUAAAUGCGAUUGAAACGCCCAAAGACGUGCAAGAGAAGUUCGGGCGUGUCGUUGUGGAGUCGUAUUUGCUAUGAUGCGAUGAUUUUGAUCAGUCAAUGUGUUGGAUGCCAUAUGAUGUGGACCAUGAAAAAGCAGCAACUAGAGUAGAGCACAUUUACAAAAUUAAUAAUGGGACAUUUUGCUAGUUGACAUCACAUUUAUCAUAGAUAGACGUCCUGUCAACUUUACGGCUAUACGCCAAGACCGUUUCUUUUCUUAAAACCAUGUUUAAAAAAUGUGCUUUACAUUCAAAAUAUUAGUCUCUGACCGGGUACAAGUCGCCGUACUUAUA